UGUCACAUGGCAUUUCCAGCAGAUCGACACAUGCAUAAUGGGACGGCGGGAAUGAAUCCAAAGUAACUUGUUUCCCUAACCCUCCUCCCACCCACACAAACACUUCCUCUCUCUUUAUCCUCUCUUUCAGUCUCGUCUUUCCUUCCCAUUCAAGUUUUCUCCUGUAUUAAUACUCCCAUUGCAUUCUUGAUUGUAGCAAUACCUUCACUACUAAAACUACCGAGUGCAGUAUUGUUUGGUCCGAAAUAAGUUUCUUGCGAGGCAAACAAGUGAGUACUGGAAGGAUCGACUAUCACCAUGUCUGACUGGGGACCGGUGUUUAUUGCGGUGGUGCUGUUCGUGCUGUUGUCGCCAGGUCUGCUGUUCCAGGUGCCGGGGCGGCACGGGUGCGUGGAGUUUGGAAGCUUUCACACGAGCGGCGCAGCCAUAAUGGUUCACUCCCUCCUCUACUUUGCUCUCAUUUGCGUCUUCUUGUUGGCCAUUAAGGUCCACUUUUACCUUGGUUAAAGUCCUAGCAGUUACUUGACCAAACUAUUCAAGAAGAGCAGAAUGUAGUAGUCUUAACUCUUCUCUUACAUACCAAAUUUAUAUUUUCCAGUUCUGUUUGUUGGGUAUUGAUACCACUGGAGUGAUUGUAUUCUAUUUGAAUAAGAGUUAAACUUGUUUUGAUCAACAAUUUGUGUCCUUUGCUGAAUGAAGUUAGUGUUAAUUGUGUUGA